AGUUUGAGGGAAUUUUCUACUCGCAAUACUUACGGAAAAAUAGAAUGGAUCGUUGGUCAAAUCGCGUUGCUGUGGUUACGGGGGCUAGCUCUGGGAUCGGGGCGGCCUGCUGCAAGGAUUUGGUGGCGAAGGGCUUGGUCGUCGUGGGCUUGGCCCGCCGGGAGGAGCGUUUGAAGCAGCUGAAGGAAUCCCUGCCUGCGGAUCAGCAGGCGAAAUUCCAUGGCCGCAAGUGUGACGUCAGCGUGGAGCAGCAGGUGGUCGAUGCGUUCGCAUGGAUAGAUGAGACUCUCGGUGGGGCGGACGUCUUGGUGAACAACGCGGGCAUUACCACUGGUUCGCUGAUCACGGAUGCCGACAAUGCUGCCGACAUGCGAUCCGUGCUGGACACCAAUGUCCUGGGAUUCGUGUGGUGCGCCCGCGAGGCCUUCAGGUCGCAGCAGAAGCGCAACGUCACCGAUGGCCAUGUGGUGGUUAUCAAUAGCAUUGUGGGCCACAAGAUUCCCGUUAUGCCAGGCUUUGGUUUCAAGAUGUACGCUCCAUCCAAGUUUGCGGUAACCGCUUUGGUGGAGGUCCUGCGACAGGAGUUCCAGCAGAAGAAGACGCAGACCAAGAUUACGAGCAUUAGCCCCGGAGCCGUUGACACUGAAAUCAUUGAUGAAAAAAUCAAGGAGAUCAUACCAAACUUCCCCAUGUUGCGUGCUGAGGAUGUAGCCGAUGCAGUUUCCUACUGCAUCCAAACGCCUCCCAACGUGCAGAUCCAUGAGCUGACCAUCAAGCCAAUCGGUGAAUCGUUUUAAAUGAUGCCUUGGAGGAACUGGAAGUGUCGCAGCUAUAAACGACUGAUUUGUAUCAGCAAUCCAAAAUGGAAGGUGGACAGUAGCAAUGAAAACAUUCUGUUAUUGUGAAAUCCAGAUUGAUGUAAAUAAAGCCUACCAGGAAUCUGGUUUACAGAGAGAACCUAAAUAAA